AUGGAUAGAAUAUUAUUAAUGUACAUUUUUGAUGAGUUGUGUACUAGUUUUAAUAAAAUAGAAUAUGUAACAAAUAAGAAAAAUGAAAAUAAUGAAGUUAGUUAUUGUUUAACUCUAGAAAAUUUAUAUGAAAAUUUAGAAAGAAACAAAAAUAUUAAUAUGGAUAAAUAUAUGAAAAAAGAAGUAUUUCAAAAUAUAUAUUUUUGUAAAGAUAUAUGCAUAUUAAAAAAUGGUAAUAAAAAUUUUUUAUUAGAUGAAUAUAAUAAUGAUCUAGAUUUAAAAAUAAAUAUUGAAGACAAAAAUUUUGUUAUCAGCUCACCUAAUGAGUUUAACAUUUAUAUUAAUAGCAUAUAUAUAUAUAAUAAAUACAAUCUAUUUUAUUAUCAACGGAUAAAAGAAUGUAAAGAAAAAAUUUUUAUUUUGUUAUACAUUGUCUCUAGUAAAUAUAAUGGAAUAAUUCAAAGCUCAUUAUCGAAAUAUUUAAAUUUAGAUUCAAAAACUAUCCAUUACCAUUUAAAAGAGUUGUUUCAAUAUUUAUUAAUUAAAAAAAUUAGUAUUAAUAUAAAUGAUGUAGAAAACAAUUUAGACUACAAUAAUAACCCAAUUAGAUUAAAUCCUUCAUAUAUUUUAUAUUUUAAUACUUUUUUUAUAUACAACUUAUUACCAAUAUUUAUCAAAAAUCUAUUAUACUCCCAAAAUGUAUUAUCAAUUAACAAAAUAAUAUUGUGUCUUUUAAAUAAAUUUAUUAUAAUACCUCAAAAGAUUUUAUCAUUGAUAUUUUUCAAAUUGUUAAUUGUUUAUAAUCCAUAUUACUUUAUACAAGUAAGAAAAGCUCUAAAAAUUUUUAAUUCAAUCUUAUCUAAUCUAAUUAAUAAUAAAAAGAUAAUUAUGUGUAAGAUAAAAAUUCAUUAUAAUUAUGAAAAUUGUUAUUUAAAUUAUGAAAAUAAGCAUAAAAUAAAUUAUGACAAUAUAUUUAAUUUUUUACUUUUAUUUUAUUACAAUUAUGAUUAUAUAAUAAAAUUUAUAAACAAAUCAAGCUAUUUAAUGUGUGAAGAUUAUGUAAAAAAUUUUGAAUUUAAAAAUGAAUUUAUUAAAACUAAUGAUCAAAGUCAUAGGAAUAAUCUAAGUAUACAGUUAAAAAAAAAUACAUUUAACGAAAAAUUGCAAGAAAAAGAAAUGAAUUUACAUUCAAAAACUCCAUUAAAUAUUGAUGAUAUGAUUAAGAUAAAUAAUUAUAGGUCACAUAUGCAUGAAAAUAUAGACUCUCAAAAAAGUAAAAUAAAUCAUAUAAAACCAACAGAUGAUGAAAAUUAUGUAAAUGAAAAAAAUUGUGAUCUAUUGAUAAAUGAUUUUAAAAAUUAUGUGGAUUUAAAAGUAGAUCAUAAUCUGCAUGGCAUAGAUAACUAUUCAAGUUCAUUAGAUGAAAAUCAAGAAUCAUGUUUAUCUGAUUUUUCUUUUUUAUAUGAAAGUGAUAAAAUUCCUCAAUCAAAUAAAGAAGUUAGUGAAAAUUUUAAAAACAAUGAAGAAAAUAUAAAAUCAUCUUCUUCUUCAUCCUUUAGUACAGAUUGGGAAAAUGAUGAAUACAAAUAUUUUGUUAAGAAUAAAAAUAUAUAUUUAAACAAUUUAGCUUUAUAUGACAAAAUUAAAUACUUAAUUAUAAGUAAAGGUGUAAAUGGAAUAACAACAAAAGAAAUUUCUCAAAUAUUAUUUCUUAAUGUUAAAAAAACAACUACUUUUCUUAAUAAGCUUAUAAAAAAUAAACAUAUUGUUAAAAUACCAGAAAGAAAAGAUAAAAAUUUUAUGUAUAGAUUUUUUGAUAAUAAAAUUUAUCAAUAUAUACAGAAAAAUCCUUUUAUUGAUCCUUUUAAAAUAAAUAAAACAGAGAAUAAUAAUAUCAAAAAUUCUAAUGAUGAAAAAAAUAUUACAUUCACAAAAAAAGAUAAUUUUUCAAAUAGUUAUAAAUCAAGUUAUGAACUAACCACACAUCAAAAUAGCGAUUAUAACAACAUAAAUAAUAAAGAUAUAAAUCAGAUACUUAAUGUAGGAAAAGAAAAAAAUGUAUAUGAAAUUUUUGACAAAAAAGACAUUAAUCAAGUUCAAUUUAAGAACUUAAGCGAAUCAUUGAAUAUAUUAAAUUAUACCUAUACAAUAAAUAAAAUAGAUAUAGACGUUUUAAAUUAUGUCAUACCAAAAUACAAAGACUCAUUUAAUAAUUACAAUAAUUAUAAAGAAUUUUUUGAUAAUUAUGUUGAGAAUUUUAAGAAUUUUGAGAAUAAAUAUGAUUUAUAUACAUGUAGUUUUCAUUUUUUUUAUUAUUUAAAAUUUCUCUUAAAAAAUUAUAACAAAAAAUUUUAUUUUAAAAUUAAUUGUGAUGGUUUAAAUGAAAAAAAACUUAAAAAUAAUGUUAUAAAUGAAAAUAAAGAAAGUGAAUUUUAUAUAAAAAAUGUAGAAGCAUCUAAAAAAGAUAUAGAUUUUAUAAAAUAUUUCAUGGAAGAUACAAAAAAACUAAAAAGUAAUGUAUUCAUAAAAAGAUUAUUUAUUUUUUGUCAUUUUCUACUAUGUUCAAAAGUAACUACAUUUAGAUUUUUACAAGAUCUGUUUAUUAAAAUAGAAAAUAAUGGAAAAACUAUAGACAGAAAAUCAGUUCAGCGUCUUUUUAUAUACUCAACUAAAAUUAAUAAUUUUUUCAAAAAAUCAUCAGUUCUUUACAGUAAAACUGUGAAAUAUUUUUUUUAUGAUUCACAAGUGUUAUCAGAAAAACAAUCAAAUGAACUUUAUUUAAAGUUUCAACAAGAAUACAUGCAAUUUUGCUAUAAAAACAAUUCUGUUGAUAAAUAUAAUCAAGCGAAAAUUGUAUAUUCAAAUGUAUCAAAUUGUAACUUAACUUCUAAUUCAAUCAAAGAUGAUUUAAAUAUCUUUGAUCAAAAACAAAAUAUUUCACCUAAUAAAGAAUUAAAUAGUGAUAAUCACACAUCAAACAAUUACAAUUGUGUAAGUGAUAAAAUUUUUAAGAAAAAUAAUGUACUAAAUGAUAAUUUAAAUAUUAAGGAAAAUAUAAUUACCUCUGAUGAAAAAAACAAAAUAUAUAUACAAAAUAUUGGAAAAUAUAAUUAUGAUUGUGAUUCAUUAAAUGUAUUAUGUAACGAAAAGGAAGACAUGUAUAAUAUAUAUAAUUUAAAUAACAAAAAUACACACAUAACUAACCAGCCAAGUUAUAAUUCAUUUUAUAAUUCUCAUAAUACAAAUAAGUACAUUACUCCUAAUGUAAAUGAUACAAGUAAUUCAAAUAGAUUAAAUAAAAAAAGAAAAAUGAUUAAUAUUAGUUGUCAAUCCUUAAAUAAAAAAAAUAAAGUGGAAUGUAUUCAGAAAAUAAAUGUUAAUUUAGGUAAUUUUCAGAAUAAACCUCAUUCACAGAUUAUUCCUAUUAACAGCAAUGAAAAUUUUAAAGAAUCAAAUUUAAAUAAUAAAAGUGAAGGUUCUAUUAUUUUACCAUCUUUGGAAAAUAAAAAAGACUUGAAUGAUAUAAAAAAUAAUAAUAAUAAUAGUAAUAUUGAUAUCAUUAAUAAUGGUCACGAUUAUAAUGUAUUAUAUAUUGAUAUAUUAAAUGAGUCAGCCUUUAAAUGUAGAGAGAACAAUAUUAUUAGUAAAAGGACGAAAACAAAUAACUUUUUUCAAAAUUUUAAAACAACUCAAGAACUUUCUUAUAGUAUAAAUUAUUUUUAUGGAUACAUUUUUUCUAAAAUGGCUAGAUAUAAAUAUUUUCAUAAAUGUUUAAUUAGAAUUUUAAAGAAGAAAAAAAGUAAAAUUAAAAAUAAGUUAAAAAAUAUAUUAAAAAAAGAUAAUAAUGAAAGUAAAGCUACAUGUAAUUCUAAUAAUUUUAAAAAAAGGAAAUUAUUAAAAAAAAAAAAAAAAAAAAAAUAUAAUAAUGUUUUAUCUGUAAAAGAUAUAUUGAAAAAUUUAUAUCUAGAUGAAUAUUUAAAAAUAAUUAGUGUUGGGUGCAAAUUGAAAUAUAUUGAAAAUUAUCUGUUAAGAAAAAAAAAGAAAAAAAAAAUGAAAGAUUUACCUGAAAUGCUAUUUGAAUUUUUAACAUCAUAUUCAUUACUGAAUUUUAAUAGUAAAAAUGUUAUUGAAAAUUUAAUAUAUAACAAAAAAGAAUCAUCAUAUUUUAAAGGAUAUAAUCAUAAUGAGGAAUUUAAAGGAACAAAUAAUCUUAAUGUUAUAUCCAAUGAGAAUAAAACAAAUGAAGAAAAAAAUUUAACAAGGAAUUAUAUUUCUUCAAAAAAAAAGAAAAAAGAAGAAUUAUGCCAAGAUGAUAUUAAUGUUAUAAAAAAUAAUGACAAAAUUUAUAUUUUUUUUUCUUUAUAUAGAAAAUUAAAAUUUUUAUAUAAUAUGAACUUAGUUAACAUUAAAUAUAAUGAUAUAAAUAAAAAUAUAAAGUUUAAUUCCAAAUGGAAAAAUAAUAUUUCCGGGUUCCCUAAAAAUGUUGAUUCAAAUUUAUCACUCCUUGACUUUAAAAGAAAUAAUUUGAAAAUUUAUAUUAAAAAAAAGGUGAACAUUAAUUUAUUUACAUCAAAAAAGGAAAAGAAAAAAAAAUCAAAAUCAUAUAAUAUGAUGGAAUACAAUAAUUUUGAAGAAUAUUAUUAUAAUUUAUACUUAAAUGUUGAAAAAUUUAAAAAGUUUUUACAAGAAGUAUGCUUAAAAAAUUAUCAGUGUAGUAAAUUAAAAAUGAAGGAUGUAUUAAAAAAUACAAAAUUUAAAAAUAAAAGUUUAAAAUUCUUGCUUUUACAUAAUUCAUAUACUAAUCAGUUAUUUUUAACUAGACGAUUGAGAAUACUAUUCAUCAAUUUAAUUAAAAAGGUAAAAAAAGACAAACCUAAAAUGAAGUUAAUGAAAGUUUUGAAAUCACGUAAAGAAUACAGUAUAUUUCGUGAUGUAUAUAAUAUAUCUAAAAUAAAUAUAGAAAAAUAUUUUACUAUUUUUUACAAUUUAUAUAACAAAGAAAAAAGUACAUGUGCAAGAAUAACUAAAAAACCUUUAUCCUUUUUAUGUCCAUUUUGUAACGAUAUAUUUCUUUUAAAAAAUGAUUUAUUAAAUCACAUAUCAAAUAUUCACAAUAUAAACAAAAAAUUUUCUGGUCUCAUAUCCUUUUUUUCGGAUUCAAAACAUAUGAUACAUAAAAGAUUAAGUGAUUUUCUAAAAAUUAGAAAUAAUCUUGUAAAAAAUUCAAAUAUACAUGAAUAUAAUCCCAUUGAGGAAAAAAAAGAUAUAUAUAAAAAUAUAUCAUUAGAUAAAAAAAAAUCAUUAAAUAAAAUUAACGAAUUAACAGAAAAACUAGAGAAAAAUUUUUCAUUUCAUGAUUUAAGUGAAUUAUCUAAGAAUUUUAUGCAAAAUGAAGAAAAUUAUAACAUUUUAAAUGAAAAAGAAAAAUUAAAUAAUAAAGAAAUUCAAAAAUAUAAUUCAAAAAAAAAGAUAACGGACAAUAUAAAGAAAGUUAAUGAUAUAUGUAUUAAUAAUAUUUCUUCAAUUAAAAAUUAUAGUAAUGAUAUGAAUAAUUUUAUGGAGAAUAUAAAGAUAAAAUACUCAUUAAGAAAUGUUUACAUUUAUUUUGUAACUAUAAUUGUUCAGUUGAUUAUGUCACAAAAAAUUGUAGAAAAAAAAAAAAGUGUUAAUGCUUUAUAUAGAUUUUUAAAAGAUAACUCAAUGAUGAAAAAAAAAAAAGAAGAAAACAUAGUUGUAGAAAAGAAAACUAAAAAUAAAAAAAAUUCUGCAAAAGAAUUUUUAUAUAAUAAGAAGAGAAUUAUGAAGCUAAUUAAAAUAAAAAGUCUCAAUAAAAAAAAUCCAAACAUUAAGAGUGUUUUAAAGAAGUUACAAAAAAAAAAAUUAUUAUUAAAAAAUACAAUUCAAAAAGAAAAUCAUAGAAAUGAAGAAAUUUGUAGAAAAAAAAGAAAAAACUACAAAUAUCAUAAAUUGCAUACAUUAAAAAAAUUUGGAAUAGAUGAUUUUAUAUGUAUGAAAUUAAAAAAAUUUCAAUUAAUAUAUUAUUUAAAAAAUAGAACUAAUACUAUUCCUUAUAGGAAAAGUUUAUGGAAUAAAAUAAAUGACAUGAUGAUCGGAAAAUUUAAUCAAAAUAUAUGUAUAUUUAUUCAAAGAAAAUUAUUUCAUUAUUUCAAAAAAAACGUAGUUCAUUACUUUUUUAUUUUAGAUAAUGAAAAGUUGUCUAAAUUUCUUGUAAAUUAUUUCACAACACAUAUAUAUAAUUGCACAUAUACCAAUAUAAACUAUUAUUAUGAUAAAUGUAUAAAAAACAUAUAUAACUUUGGAUUUAUUUCUCUUGUGAAUAUACUAAAAUUGUUUAUAAUAAAUUAUGGAGAUUUGUUUGUUUUAUACAAAGAAAUUAUAAAAACUUUAUUUUUUCAAAAAAUUAAAGACAUUAAAAGAGCUGUGGUGUUUUUAAAAAAAAAAAACUACGUUGUUGAAACUUCUUAUUUAUUAUCUAAUUAUAUUAAUAACGAUAUUUCUUAUAAUAAUAUAUAUUCUAAUUUAAUUUAUAAAUCUAUAUUUUACAAAAAAAAAUUAUCCUAUUUUUCGAAGAAAAGUUUUUUUGAUAAUGUUUUUGAUUUAAUUCAUUUAUUUGGUGUAUCCCACUCAUUAAAACAUCUGGAAAGUAAGCAUGAUAAACAUUUUGAAGAUUCACAUAAUAAGUUGAAUAUAAUAAAUUAUAAUAUAAAUAAUUUGUUAUAUCAUAUUGAUAAUAUUUAUGAAAAAGCUGAUGAUAUUUACAGUCCUCUUAAUAACACAGAUAUAAAUAAUGGUGAAACAAAAAAUUGUUAUAAAAAUAUAAAUUCAAAUAAUGAUUUAUAUGAUGAUAAGGAAGAAUUUAAAAAUAUCAAUUUGAAUGAAUAUAAUAGAAAUGACAAUUCAUGUCAUGUUAGCAACAUAAAUAAUAAUUCUGAAGAAAGUGAAAAUUUAAAUGAAGAAUACAAAAAAUAUGAGUUCAAAAAGAAUUUAAGCAUUUUUGACCUAAAUUAUUAUAUUCAUAAUUUCCUAAAAGGAAAUAUUAUUUUAUAUGCGUGUAACAAUUAUAUAAUAAAAGAUGAUGAUGAAAAAACAAGUGAUCAUGAAAAAGAAGAUCAUUAUCACGAAAAAAAUUUAGAAAUUUCUAAAUUUUCAGAAGAACAAAAAGAUAAUUUUACUUUUAAUUAUUUAAAAAAAAAUGAAGAACAUUUAAAAAAUGGAGAAAAAGAAAAUGUUCGUAAAGAAAAAUAUAUGAGCUAUAUUUCAUCCAGUGAAAAUGAUUCAGAAAUAUACGAUAACUUUUCAGAUGAUUAUGAAAUUAUAAAAUUACUAGAAAAUGUUAAUGAAAACAGCAAAAAAAUUCAAGGAGGAAUAAGUAAGCAUAUAAAAUGUUUAACUAAGCAUGUUAGCGAAUAUAUUCCAAAUUAUUAUAUUUUAAAUAGUAAUAAUAAAAAAAAACUAACAAAAAAACUAUCAAAUAUUUUUUCGAAUAAUAAAGAAGUAAAAUUUUCUAAUUUUAACAAUAUUUUUCGAUCAUAUGUUGAUUCUAACUAUACAAAUAAUUCUUUCUUUAAUUACUUUAAAAAAUAUUGCAUUUAUAUUUAUGAAAACAACACUAAUGGAAUAUCUAAACCAUUUAAAAAUUCAUAUAUUAUAAAUUUAGACAUUAACUGUAAUUUUAAUAAAAUAUUUGACUUAUAUAUUCAAACAAAUAAUUUCGCUAACUCAAUAAUUUACAAAAAAAACAAGUUAUUAAUUUAUAAUAUAAACAAAAAAACUUUCAUUGAUUUUGAUAUAUAUCCGCAAAAUUUGCAUUUAUAUAAUAUUGGAUACAUUUCAAAUAUUCAUAAAAAUAUUGAUUCACUAUUAGAUAUACAAACGUUUAAUUUGAAAAAUAACAUUUUUUGGCUAGAAAAAGGAAAAUCGAAUGAGAAAAUAAAUAAAAAAAUUACGCCUGAAAAAAGUUAUGAAAAGAAAAAAAUGGAAAAUAUAAAGAAGAGUAUUUAUGAAGAUACAGAAAAAAAAAAAAGUGUAUGUGCAAAAAUAUUGCAUGAAAAAAAAAAUAAUAAAAAUAAAAGAAAUUAUCAGCUGAAAAAAUUUUUAAAAAAAGUGAAGGUUAAUAAAAAUAGAGGAAAAAAAAAUAUAUAUAAGGAAUCUUUUAUAUUUAUUACUCAUAUUUUGUAUAAUGUAUUUUAUUUUGAUAAUAUAUUAAAUAAUUAUGAUGAAGAUGGAUGUUAUAAAUCUUAUUAUUCAAAAAAAUCUAAAAAAAAAAAAGGUCUAUGUGAAAAAAUAAAUAAAAUAUACAAUUACAGGAAAAAUAAAAUUAAUAAUGAAAACAAUUUUAAAAAAACAUCACAAGAUGAAAAUAAUAAAAGUGAAAGUAUGAAAAAAAAUGAAGAUUAUUUCAGUGAAUACACAUUUCAAUCAAGUAUACUGAAUGAUAAAGAUCAUGUCAAUAUUAAUAAUAUAGAAAAUAAAUCUAUAGUAGAAAAUACUUUUAAUGUAGAUAAUGAACGUUAUGAUAUAUCAUAUAUAGAUAACAAUUCUAAUAUAUAUAAUAAAAUUGUUAAUAAAAUGUUAUUUAUUUUUUUAUUAGUUAAAAAAAAAAAAGAAGGACGUUUCAUCGAAAGCUUAAAAAAAAUGUAUCUAAAAGAAUUUAUGAUUCAUAGAUGUUAUAAUGAAUACUCUUGUGUUAAAAAAGAAUUUGAUUUUGUUAUAUUUAUUUUAAAUAAGUUAAAUCUUAUAAACAUAUUUCCGUAUAUUAAUACACAUAAAAUAUUUUUGCCUUAUUAUAACAAUAAUAUUGCAUAUAAAAGAAAGAAUAUAUUUUACGAUCAUAAUUAUAAAUAUCCAUUUUUAAAUAUGAUAAAUUAUCAUCUAAAAAAUUUUAAAUUUCAAUAUAAAAAAUACACUGACAAUAGUACAAAAAUAUUCAAAAAAUUUAUUGAAAAAAACGAAAUGAUGAAUAAUUUAGACAUUGAACAGGAUAUAAAUAAAACAAAUGAAAAUAAUUCAUCAGAUAAACACAUUUACAAAAAAAUUGAAGAAGAAAAAAUUAAUUAUAACAGAAAAAAUAUGGAUUAUUGUGAUUAUAUAUUUAUGAAUUUUAUAAACAAUAGAACUUUAAAUAAACCUUAUUUUAUUCCUAGAUUAAUUGUGUUAUUUAACCUACAAUGUUAUAUUAUAAUUCAUGAUUUUUUUUUUAUGUAUUUUUUAGAAAAUUCUCAAAAAAGCGAAUUAAAAAGAAAACAUUUAUUUCAUAAUAAUAGUUUGUUUAAAACAAAAAUAGGAGAAAAAUUGUUGUAUCUUAUUGAAAACAAAAAUUAUCCAGUAGUUAUAAAAUAUAUAAGAAAUAUUAUUAAUAGAGCAUGUAAAUAUUUUGAAUAUAUUUUUUAUUUAUAUAAUAAGAAGAUUAAUGCAACUAAUAAAGAUCUUCAUAUAUAUUAUUUUAAUGAUAAUUAUAUUAAUGCAAAUAGCUUUAUUUAUUUAAAUGGAGGAACGAAUGUAAAAUUUAUUUUUUUUUAUAUUUUAAAAGUUUACUUUUACUUGAAAAAAAAUCCUUAUUCCUCUAUAUUUGAUAUAUAUAAGAAUGUAGAAAUUUUAAAUUUUUGUGAUCUGAGUUUUCUAUUAAAGGCUAUGUACGAAGAUGGUUUUGUUUGUUUUACAUUGAUGUAUGUUUCAAAAAAAAGUCAAAUGUAUAAAUUAAAGAAGAAUUAUAAGAUAAUAAAUGAUUUUAAUAACUUAAUAUUAUAUAAAAAACUAAAUAGAAAAAUAAAAAAUACUUAUAAUUUAUUUGAGAACACCACAAGUUUUGAAGAUUCUACAACUGAUUACAACAUUUUAAAUGAACUAAAAAAAAAUAAAGUUAAAAAUUUGAGCUUUAAUGAAAAUGGAUUUAAUAAAAGUCAUGAGUUUCAUACAAAUAAUUCUUUUAUUGACAAAAUGAUGUUUAAAAAAAUUAAAUUAUACUUUGUUGAAGAUGAUAGUAUAAUUUUUAAAAAAUAUGCAGGGACACUAUGGAAUUAA